CAAAAAUGGAUUUUAAAUUAUUUUCUUUAACAAUUUUAAGUCUUCUUUUCCUCUUGUUUGAUAAAGGUUCCGGAAAGAUUCGAUUGCGAGCUAGUAGAGUAGAGUUGGAAGAAAUAAAUAAUGAAGAAUUGCCAACGUCAACAGAAAUGCCAACAAAUGACCAAAAUAAUGCCACAGACUUGCCAACUGGAACUUAUGAACAAACCUCGGAAGCAACGACUGCCAGUAACUAUAUGCGUACUCGUAAAGGAUUUGCGAGGGAAAUAAACAGAUGGGAUGAAUAUGAAGAAGAGGAAGAGUAUGAGAAGGAAGAGAAUGAUGCCAGUCCUCUUGUUAAAUUUUCUGAGGGAACUGAUUCUGUAAAAGUUCGAAAUGAGAGAGAAGCAAUUGAAUUAAAUGAAACAACAGAAAACCCGCAAACAAUUCAUGAACAAUCUACUGCCAAUGAUUUUUUAACAACUACUGAAAAUAAUGAAGCUCAUGAGGUGGAGGAAGAGGGAGAGAAAAAGGAGGAGGGAGAAGAGGAUGAUGAUGAACAGGAACAGGGCGAAGAGAAUCCAAAUCCUCCGGAAAAAGAAAAAAAUGAAACAAAAUAUGUAAGCAAUUUUGAUGGAGAGAAGUGUUUUAUAACAACAUCUGAUAAAGAAUCAGAAAUAUUUGAUGAAAUUUAUGCAGUAAAGGGUGAUGUAAUUUAUAAUGAAAAACAAUCAGAAGGAAUUGGCCUUUCAACUUUGGAAAAACUUUCUAAUUUUAAAUGUGGAAUUAAAAACUAUGAUCAAUAUUCUUACUGUGCCAAAGUUAAAUUAUUUGGUAAACUUGAAUUGAAAGAUAUCCGUGAGGGAAAACAAUUGGAGCCUAACAAUCCAAAAAAUAUUACCCAAUAUAAAGAACAUUCUUUGCAAGACACUGCCCUUGUUUUGAUUGAAGGUUGUUUUACUUGUGAAAACUUAGACAAAGGCCCAAUCAACAUAACAUUUUGGCAGAUAAACGAAGCGGGACCAAUAAAGGAUGCAUGUCCAGAAGAAGAAAAACUCAUCAGCCAUUAUAUUCUUGACUAUGAAAAAUAUAAUGGUGGUUUUAUUGUUGGUGGCAUAUUGCAUGAACGUCUCUGUCCAGCACGAGAAACCCUUGAGGAUAAAAUUGAACUUGCAUCGCUUAAAUAUAAGCACAAUUUCAAAAUUGUUAUCGAACACAGCUGUGCAGGAAAUAAAGAAACGUAUGUUUCCAAAUUUGCAAAGGCUAUUGAUUUUGAAAAUUUGAAGGAACAUAUUUUUGAACUUCGAGAUUUAAAUAUUAAUUUAAAUCAAAAUGAGGAAACAUUUGAUUGGGAUUGGAAUGAUAAAAAGGAAGGUUUGGGCUAUACUUAUUUUGCUGCCAAGGAAUUUAAACAAUCAAAUGAUUCUGAAAUUGCUCAAGGCGAGGAAGUUAUGCAUUCGGAGUAUAUUACAGACGAGAAUGAAGAAGAUGACGAUGAGCAUAAUAAUGAAGAGGAAAAUGAUCAUGAUGAAGAGAAACAUGGAGAAAAAGAUAAUCAUGAUGAAGAGAAACAUGGAGAAGUGAUAAAUGAAGAGAAGAGUGAAGAAGAAAAUGAGAAAAAGAAAAAUUAUGAGGAGGAAAAAAUGAAGAAAUUACAUGAGGAACUUGAAGUUGUUGCGGCAGAAGUAAAAGAAGAGGAUAAUAAUAUGCUGAAGGAAGUGGAAUUGGAAGUGCAAGAGAAGAAAAACGAGAGUCUGGGUGCUCCAGAACAAUUUAAAGAGAAUUUAGAAGCCUUAAAUUCAACUAAUGAAGAGAAGGAAACGAACGAAACGAUUAAUUAUCAAAAUGAACAGAUUACUCAAGAAGAAGAAAUUAAGGUGGAAGAGAAAAAUCCUGAAAAAGGUGAUCAGAUUACCCAAGAAGAAGAAAUAAAUGAAGAUAAGAAAGAGAAGGAAGAAGUAGUAAAUGGUGGAAAUGAGAAGAAAGAAGAGAAAAAUGAGGAAAAUAAGAAGAAAGAAGAGGACAAGGAUGAAAAAGAAAAAGUUGAGGAAAUAGAAAAGGUUGAUGAGGUAAAGAAGGAAUGA